CUUCACUGGGAUGAAAGAUCAAUGGUCGCGUCUCCGCCCGAGUCUGACUCGCACGAGAAUAUCGCUACUAUUUCAUGGGAAGCCUUUGAACCAAAUAGAACCGAGUUUUCAAUAACUGCUACGCCAGUAGAUACAGAGAACAGCAGCUCUUCAACACACAUACACAAAGACACAAGCAUUGGGACGGGAACAGGAACAAAUUUCCAUGGUUAUCUCUAUACGCUCGAUAUCUCACGCAUCCAGCGGCUCUUACGACCUAUAAAAGCAAAGCUAGCUGCUCUUCACCUCGAAAUUAAAAGCUCACCUUCCUUAGGAUUGACACCUCCUUUAACACCAAGUAAUGUUACCGACUCGACAAUAGAAUCGAGUUCCACUUAUGAAAGCGAUUAUGACGGCAAUUAUAGUAUUGACGACAAUAGCAAUAAUUAUCAAUCUUUCCCUCAAAAUCAUCAAAAAAACCCCCGUCACCCUAUGUCCUUCACUCGAUCGUCACGCAAUUACUAUCUUCAACAAAAGCAACGACAGCAACAACAACAACAGGAUCGAUGCCAUCGUUAUGUAUCAUCAUCGCCAUCCUCACCACCCUUCUUAAGACUCAUAUUGUUGGGGGAUGAAACGAAUCCAAAGGGCUCAAAAAGCGAUUUACAAGCUAAGAUCAAUGGACUUGUCAAACGCUUUCAAUCAUCUUUUCAAAACCAAUUUAAGGAUGUAGUCGAAAAAGUAUGGUGGCAACCAUUCUGUGAAAACCAUAACCUCCCAUUUACGUCGAAUGAAAAUGUGUUUUCUGAAGUGGGUUAUACACCUUGCAGUACCCUGACACUGGGAGCCAUCAGUGCAUUUUCAAUUGGAAGAAUUGUAGCCCGAAUCCCUGACAGCAAUUCAAUUCUAGUGGAGAGAUAUUACAGCGUCAUGCCUGCUUAUAUGCGCAGAUUUGCAUUGCUUGAGCAUCUUGUUGAGUUAUGCAUCACUCAGAUACCGAUUGGAAAUUUGAUUUUGCCACUUGUCAAUAUCUGCGUCAGAUAUAGGGCAGAUUACCAGGUGUUGCGGUUACUUGAGUGCUUAGUAGCUAUCCAAGACAGAACAUUUCAUCUGGAUUUGUACUGGGCAUACAAGGUUACAUGCAGUAUCGAUUGUGGAGAGAGCUGGAUCAACAUUCUAUCGGGUAUGGUAACGACGGCAAUAGCAGUGGCGGGCACCGCGAAUAGUGGCGUCAACGUGAAAGCUAAAGCCGAAACUAGAUCCAAAACCAAAGCCACAGAAGCUAAAGCCAACAACAACACCAACAAUCUUCCUUUUUUUAUAACAGAUCGUUUUCAAAGCUUUCUCGAUCAGAUUUUGCCACAUCAUCGUGCGAUCCUUAUCCAAACAUUGUUUAAUGGGCUUAUGGAUCAAGCGCCGUCAUCAGCACAAUCAUCAUCACUACAAAACCAUCAUAUUGUGCGUAUCAUCACCGACAGGAUGAACAGAUUAUGGGCUCCUUCAUUAAUUGAAAAUUCAUUACAGCUCUUAGAAAAUGUCACAGCAGGUGGCUCAGCAAUGGUAACAACGGCAAUGGCGAUGACAAAACAACAGAGUGUAAUAUUGGAAAAGUACCGCGAGGUGAUUGAAAAUGUUGCAAAGCCUCUAAUAAUGAGAACCACUGAGGAGAAGGACCAGGUUGAUGAUAAUGACUGUAUAAGGAAGCAAUGUAGAGGUGCAGGACUUGCUUUAGCUCUUCAUUCAUUAUACCUUGCAGUUGUGGUGCCUUUACCAUCAUCAUCAGCUGCCAAUCAUAGUAAAUGGAAAAACGAUGAGGGCAAAAAAGAACAAGAGUGGGUUGAUUUGUUGAUGGGAAGCCAAUUUUGCUAUUCCAGUGAACACCAUAUUCAAUCGGAAGACUUUGAUGUGGUGAUCCAAUCCUACAGAAGUCCCUUGAACCUUAAUGGAUUGGCAGUUGUCUUGGAUGCGGCCGGAUUACAUAUGUUUGCCAUAAAGUUGAUUGAACGAAUCUUAAACAGCUAUCCCAGCUUGCGCGGAUAUUCACGAGAUGGCUUUUCUGAAUAUGAAUCCAAUGUAACGAGUACAGAUCUGAAGUUAUUUUUGCAAGAAGUGAAAGGAAGACAGGCUCGAAAAGAAUUCGAAGAUUUGUGGCAAUACGACGAAUUACUUGGUGACUGGGUUGAGCGUGUUGAUCGUGUUAAGCGUGUUGAUCGUGAUAGCUCUGUCAAUGACGAUGACGAAUCAAGGACUCUCAGCUUUGGAAGUACGAGUGACAGUGAUGAUAGUAGCAGCAGACCAAGGGUUACAGGAGCAGAAGUAAAAGCGGCGAAAUCAAAUACAAAAGCAAACUUGAAAUCAAAGGUUGAAACGCAACUCCGGCAUCAGCCCUACACCUCACGCCAGCCGUUAUCGCCCUUAAAAGGAAAGAAGUCCUAUCAGAGCCAUCGACCACAAAGAAAAAAACAUUUCAUCAUCUCUUCAGAAACAGAGCCAGAGCCAGAAUCAAGACCAGAACAAGAUUACUGCGCUAAAAGCAAUGGUGAAGGUAGCAAUGAUAGCGAUGACGAAAGCGAGUGUUACGUCAAUCAUGACUACGAUAUCAGGGAUGAUGAUAGUAAUGAUAUUGACUACCGUAGCAGCCAGGAUUGGCAUAGCUCAUCAUCAUCAUCAUCAGACAUCAAUAAAGCACAGUUUGUGCGAUCAACCAAAUCCCUAUUCAACUCUCGUUCUCGCUUUCAAACUCGUUCCCGUUUAUCAUCGUUAUCAAGACUAGGGCAUAGACCAGGGCAUAGACCAGGGCAUAGACCAGGGCAUAGACCAGGGCAUAGACCAGGGCAUAGAUCAGGGUAUAGGCUAGAGUCAGAGUUUGGGUCAGGGCCAGAGUCAGAGUCAGAGUCAGAGUCAGAGUCAGAGUCAGAGUCAGAGUCAGAGUCAGAGUCAGGAUCAAACUUUAAGUCAAGCUCAAGCUUGGAUUCGCAGCAUAGUUGCCCCAAUAUUUCAAAGAAACGUUCACAGAUACGAUCUAUAAAAUUUGAGACAGCAUGCAAGAGGCGAAGAACUGUAGACGACGGUGAUGACGAUACGAAUGAGCUUACUGUCGCCAGUACCAUGAGUACUAUCAUUUAUGAUAGUGUGCUUGAGGCCUCCGAAUUUGAGGAGGAGGAUGGAGAAGUGGAAGGGGAGGACGACUGGAUUCAGACUCAAGAAGAAACCGAUGAAGAACCUAGUGUGAAGGACAGCUCUCAUUACGAGGAGAAUUGAGCUAGGAAAGGCGAAGAUGAAGAUGAAGAUGAAGAGGGAGAGGGAGAGGAAGAAGAGCUGGAAGGCAUUAAGACGAAUAGAAAGAGGGGCUCGUUUCAUGUGAACUCACCCCACUCCAUGACAAGGACAAAACCAAACGAGCUUGCUUUCUGGAUUUGAGCAUCUUUCAUUGUGAAUGAC